AUGACAGAGAAUGAUGAAGACCCCGAGUCUUCACACGACAGACAAUCUUCCCGCAUUGAGCCCCCGCCCGACGGAGGGCUGAAGGCAUGGACACAAGCCGUGAUGGGCCAUUUAGUGGUGUUUAACACCUGGGGGCAUCAGCUAUCUCAUGGGUCGGGUCCGUACAGGUCUUCCUCAUUUUCUUUGUCGGGGCAUUCUCCGGUCGGGCCCUUAGACGCGGGCUUCUUUCACCCAGUCUUUUGUGCCGGGGUGCUUCUGCAGCUUGUCGGGGUCUUUAUGACUUCCCUCUCGAGGCGCUAUUGGCAGCUCUUCCUCGCUCAGGGAAUCUGCACAGGCCUUGGUAGUGGCCUGCAGUUCUGCCCUGUGAUGAGUCUCGUCGCUACCUACUUCUCGGAGAGGAGGGUGUUUGCCUUAGCCUUUUGUCUGGUUGGGAGUGGAACUGGAGGUAUGCUUCUUCCCGGCUUGGUGAAGGCUCUCCUGCCGUCGAUCGGAUUUGGUUGGACGGUUAGGGUGUUGGGGUUUGUCAUGCUCGGGACAAGCAUCCCUGCUAUUCUCCUGUUCCAAACUCGACUACCCCCGCGUAAGGCUGACGCCUUUAUUGAAUGGUCGGCGUUUAAGGAACCUACCUAUGUGCUUUUCUGUCUGGGUAUGUUUCUGAAUUUCUGGGCGUUAUACUUCGCCUUCUAUUAUAUUGGUGCAUUUGCCCGUGACAUUCUCGGCCUAACGUUCUCGGACUCGGACAAUUUGAUUAUUGUAACCAAUGGAGCAGGAAUAGUCGGCCGCCUUAUCCCUGCCUAUUUGGCCGAUCUCAAGUAUGGACCUCUCAAUACCAUCAUUCCCCUGACUCUGGCUGCUAGUGUGAUGAUGUUUUGCUGUGCUGCCGUCCAUUCCACGGUAGGCCUGUACGUCUUUGCCGUUCUCUACGGCAUAUUCUCCAAUGGUGUGCAGGGUCUCUGGCCAUCAACACUCUCGAGUCUUACGCCCGACCUAAGCAAAACCGGAGUCCGCAUGGGUAUGGGCUUUACGAUUGUGAGCUUUGCCUGUCUGACUGGCCCACCUCUCGGUGGAGCACUCAUUGUGAGAGCCGACGGCUACAUUGGAGCGCAGAUCUGGGGCGGGUUGGCCUUCCUUCUGGGCGCGUUGAUUCUGGUCUCUGCUCGUGUAAUCAAAACCGGAUCAAAGAUGAGGGCCAAGGUCUAA